AUGGUUACCUUUUACGGGUGCUUCAGUGUGUUGGCGAUUGUGUUUGGUGCGUCGAAGGGCUUGGCAUCGGAGGUUACAGUAGAUCAGCGCGGUGGGGAGCGUGGUGUUCCAUUGAAGAGUGUGUUGCCUGUACUAGGUCCGGUCAACGAGACGGUGCGUUGGGACGAACGGGUAUCAGGGCCAGUGGCAGGUGCGAACUCGUUGGUGAAGAUCGCUCCAAAACCACAGGUUACUUACAGUUCGAAGUACUAUGAGGGGCGGCAAUCGGAAGUCUGUAACUUCCCGUUGGACAUUGUUAUCCUGCAGGACUUAACCGAUUCGUUUUCGGACAACAUCGAGGAGAUGAAGAAUGUCCAGCUGCACCAGAUGAUUGACGGACUUAGCAGCACACACCCCGGCAGUCGGUUCGCUCUCGUCGGCUUCCAAGACAAAGCUAUCUUCCCUCUGGGCAACCGGGACGACGCUUGCUGGACCUUCUCUGCCGAUCUCAGUACUGAUCUGGAACCCAUUUAUGACAGCUACGCCGACGCCGUCUCGUAUGGCGGAGCGGACGCCCCCGAAAACCACUUUGGCGCAAUUCUCGCAGCCAUGGAGUCCAGCUACAUCAGCUGGUCCCCUCUGGGCUCCGAGUACACCAGACUUAUUGUGGUCGUCACUGACGCUGCGCCCCACCAUGCUGACGAUGGUCUCAACCCCGACCCCGCGGCACUCAAACCCUGGCAAGGCGAGUACUCCGACGACCAGGCGCCGGACCUUUGCCUCAAAACCUACUACCCCUCGGCACAACAAAUGUACGACCAAAUCCUGGCCAGACAGACCUACAUCGCCGCUCUCGUCUUUGACGGCGACUGGGAAAAUGGCUGGGCCGCCGACGGCUGGAAAACCUUCAACCGGUUCCUUGGCCAACCCGAAGGCAUGGUCGAACCCGAUGCUGAGGACUCAUCUGGCUUCUGGACACAACUGUCCAAGAUUAUAGACGUAAUCCAGGCGAUUGAAUGCCCCCCUGAGACCACCACUCCGGCGCCUACCACUACCCCGGUUCCGUCGCCUACCACUACCCCGGCUCCGGCGCCUACCACUACCCCGGUUCCGGCGCCUACCACUACCCCGGUUCCGGCGCCUACCACUACCCCGGCUUCCGCGCCUACCACUACCCCGGCUCCGGCGCCUACCACUACCCCGGCUCCGGCGCCUACCACUACCCCGGCUCCGGCGCCUACCACUACCCCGGCUCCUGAGUGUACUCCGGUGGUAAUCGCUGACGUGGACCCGGAUUGCGUACCUAGUCCUGAUAACUGUUACUGCAGACCGGAUGUGAUCAUUAGCAUUUUGGAGAGACCGGACUCUUUGCUGGUUGAGGCUAACGGCGACGUUAUCCACUCCUUUUAG